CUCCGCACGUGUCUGACCGCGUCUGGCUCUCAGUGCAGAGUGCAAGAAGAAAGAGGAGGACGAUCUCUAUCCAAACACCGCUGCAAGAAGCUGUCACCUGAAAUCAUAUCAUGGAUGCUGAGGAAUUCCGUCGCAGAGGCAGGGAGAUGGUGGAUUAUGUGGCUGACUACCUGGAAAACAUCGAGAAGAGACACGUCUACCCAGAUGUGGAGCCGGGGUAUCUUCGUUCUCUGAUUCCCUCCGAAGCACCAGAGGAGCCAGAGAGUUACGAAGACAUUAUGAAAGAUGUGGAGAGGGUCAUAAUGCCUGGGGUCACCCACUGGCAUAGCCCAAACUUCUUUGCUUACUUUCCAACGGGGUCCUCCUAUCCUGCCAUGCUGGCCGACAUGCUGUGUGGAGCUAUCGGCUGUAUUGGAUUCUCCUGGGCGGCCAGCCCAGCCUGCACAGAGCUGGAGACAGUGAUGCUGGACUGGCUUGGAAAGAUGCUCCAGCUGCCUGAAUGUUUUAUAGCUGGAACAAGUGGCCAAGGAGGAGGCGUCAUCCAGGGGACGGCCAGUGAGGCGACGUUAAUGGCCUUGCUUGCUGCUCGCUGUAAGGCCAUCAGAUCCGUCCAGUCAAAGCACCCAGAAAAAUCUGAGUCUGAUAUUGUCUCCAAGCUGGUGGCUUAUACGUCUGAGCAAGCUCAUUCCUCCGUGGAGCGUGCUGCUCUGAUCGGUGGGGUGACGAUGAAGAAAGUCCCCAAUGACCACCGCUACUCCCUCAGACCGGACGUGUUCAAACAGAUGCUGGAGGAGGACAAGGCAGGAGGACUCAUCCCCUUCUUUCUCUGUGCGACUCUUGGCACCACGUCAUCCUGUGCGUUUGACCCCCUCACAGACCUGGGGCCAAUAUGUAAUUCGGAAAAAAUGUGGCUGCACGUUGACGCUGCGUACGCUGGGAGUGCAUUCAUCUGUCCCGAAUUCAGACCUUUGAUGAAGGGCAUCGAGUUUGCAGACUCAUUCAACUUCAACCCACACAAAUGGCUUCUAAUCAACUUUGACUGUUCUGCAAUGUGGGUGAGGAAGAGAACAGACAUCAUUGGAGCCUUCAAGGUGGAGCCGCUUUAUCUGAAGCAUGAAAACCAGGAAUCAGGUCUGGUUACAGAUUACAGGCACUGGCAGAUCCCUCUUGGGAGAAGAUUUCGCUCGUUGAAGAUGUGGUUUGUCUUCCGGUUGUAUGGAACCAAGGGCUUGCAAGCUUAUAUUCGCAAGCACGUGGCCCUGGCCAAAGAGUUUGAAAGUCUGGUGCGAGCAGACAAGAGAUUUGAGAUCUGUGCUGAAGUUAUCCUGGGACUCGUCUGCUUCAGGCUCAAGGGAACCAAUGAGCUGAACCAGGCCUUACUGAAGAGGAUCACCAAGAGCAGGGAGAUCCACCUGGUGCCAUGCCAGCUCUCCGGUCGCUUUGUGCUGCGCUUCGCCGUCUGUGCACGCACUACCGAGUCACACCACAUCCACCAGGCCUGGCGGCACAUAACACAGCUGACCUUCGAGCUCCUGCAGGAGCCCUGCCAUUGACCAAAGCGUCAGGAAGAAGAUUUCAUACCAUCCAGUGGAGACCACAGUACAUCGAUUUUCAUGUUGCAAAUGUACAAUGUCGUUUAGGGAAUUAAAUACCUCCAAACAAUGACCAAACUUGAAAUAGUUAACUUGUGUGUAUGUUUUGGUGAACAGUCGCUUAUCCGAUGUAGUGAACGAUAGAUACUUCCCAGUUUUUUGAUGUUCCAAAAAGAAGUCUUUGCAAGUAAUUCUAAAUAAUUGUGCUUUAACAAAAAGCUUUAAUAGUUGGAAAAAAAGAUGCAAGUCCCAGCAUUGCAUUGGAUAUCUGCAACUCCUCCCUCUGCUGAUAAAGUCAUGUUGUCCUCCUCAUAAUGUGCUUAUCCCCCUGCAGACUCGUCUCUCCACUUUGUGUCCUGUGUGGCAAACUUUAUUUUGAAUGAGUUCAAAAUUUGGUGCAAAAGUAGUUAUUUUAUUUGUUUGUGUGUUUGUUUUGCGGUGAAUGCAUUGCCCUGUUUGUGACUGAAUUGACUCGGUGAGUGCUGCAUUGCUGUGAUUUUCUGCGGUCAGCCUGUCUGACAUUGAUCUGACGCUUCCACUUUCAGUCAAAUGUAAGUUUCUAACAGAAAUCUUGGGUCCGUCACGCCUCUCCCACUGGUCUCUCUCAUCAUGUCCCAUGUGUUUAAUGGUAAGCCUUCCAAUUUAAAUAAUAAAUAUGCCAAAGGCAUGUGUCAUGUAUUGACUUUCAGGGUUUCUAGGUUCCUGAUCAUGGUGAAGGGGGCUGCAGU